AAAACGGCCGAGCAACUCACUCUGAAGUCAUGACUUUGACAUUUGCAAACGUGUUAACCUCGCAGGCGGGAGAAUAACAGUACACGAGAGAGCCGGAGAGCAAGACAAAAGAAAGGCACCCUUGCGCAGGCGCUGUCAUCGUAGUCGAAAUCCACCCUGCAACUAACUUACCGCUCAGCUGGUUGCAAGGGUGCAGUGGGUCUUCAUUUGUGGCAGACAGGUGGCGCUACGACAGCUUUCAAAAUCUGUAUGGUAAAGCUUUAAAUUAAGCUAAGAUUGUGCAUCCUUAAGCACAGUUAACUAUUUAUCAUACGGUACAUUUUAAAAAUAUAUUUCAGCAUUCGAUUCGCUCCAGGUUCAUUUUCUUCUUCUACUUCACUGGAAUCCCCGCAUUGAAUCAUUGCUGCCGAGCCCAUUACAAGUCAUUUAUAUUUAAUUUAAAUUAAUAUUCGUUUCCGAGUGUAUUUCGGGAGGGCAGUCGUCAUGCCGUUCAAAGCGAUUAAGUGUGUCGAAUUCUGACCAUCAAAUUCUGAUCAUUCUAAAUCUGCCCGUCAGAAAUGAUAAAGCUACCCUGGUACUUGAUUGUUUUGCACCUAUGCCUGCCUAUAGGUGGAACUGGAGCAGCUGCGUCUAACCUUCGCCCUCUGCACUACAAUCUCAGCCUGCUGACCGAGGUGGAACCGUUGAAACUGAGUGGAAACUUCAGCGGCGAGGUUAUCAUCCGGCUGCGCGUGUGGCGCGAAACUCGCACGAUUAUCCUCAGUAAUAAUGGCCUGCAAGUGGGGGAAAACGUGUUGCUAGUCCGGAGGAACACCGGUGGUCGGGUGACGGUGCGCAAAAUGUGGCAAGCUAGCAGCGUCCACCAGCUUGGCAUCGUGUUCAAUAGUAUGCUCUGGUUGGGCGAGGAGUACACGCUGGUGGUCCAGUUUAGUGGCCAGUUGUCCCGCGCCAGUGGCUACUUUGUGGGCGGCUACAUGGAUUCCAGACACCAUCCGCAGUGGAUAGCGGUCACGCAGUUGGCUCCCAAUCUGGCCAACACCGUCUUUCCCUGUUUCGAGAAUCGCACCUUCCUUGCUCCCUUCAUCCUUAAUUUGGCGCAUCCCCGGGGCACCAAUGCCGUGAGCAACAUGCGAGUACUCAAAACCUCCGACCAUGAAAAGGAUGACUACAUAUGGACUACCUUUCAGCAGACACCAGCGAUGUCAGUACAGAAAUUGGCCUUCUCCAUCAAUCGGUUCACCAAUCGAACGUCCGCGGAGAUCCCUAAAGGCCCCGCGCUGACCACCUGGCUGCGACCGAAGAUCGCCGAUCAGGGAGACUACGCCAUCAGCAUUACAUCGCAGAUUAUUGUCUUCUUUAUUAGCCUCUUUGGAAAGCCGUACCCUGCGAUGAAGAUUGACCAACUGGUUCUGCCCGACACGGCCUAUCAGAGUCACGAGCAUUUGGGAUUGGUGAGCUACCCGGAGGCAGCAUUCCUCUACAGCGCGCAGCGCUCGACGACUAGGGCCAAGCAGCAGGUGGCCAGUCACGUGGCCCACGAGUUUGCCCACCACUGGCUCUCCGAUCUGGAGAAUGCCGCCCUCUACUGGCUGCACAAUGGCCUCUCCGACUAUGUGUCCGGAUUUGCCGUAGACAAUGUGGAGCCCGCCUGGCGGUUCCAUGAGCUAUCCAUGGUUCGACAAGCAUUGGGUGUACUAGUUGAGGACUCCAAGGGCAGUGCUCAUCCCAUGAGUCUUGCUUACGCCUCGAUGUCCUCAGAUACCCAGGCGAAUCAGAAGUCAGCCCUUCUAUUCCGCAUGCUGCACUCACUCAUUGGCACCCAGGCCUUUGUAAACGCGUUGCGCCUGUACCUGCAGCGCUCCCACAAGGGAUCCUCCUUCCACCAGGCAUUCCUGUGGCACACAUUGCAGGAGGAGUCGGACAACCAGAUGAGCUUGCGUCAGGAUAUCAAAGUGAGCCAGCUGAUGGACUCGUGGACAAUGCAACCGGGUUAUCCGCUUAUCCGAGUGGUGCGCAAUUAUGAUACCAACGAGGUGACCGUAUCGCAAGAGCGCUUUCUGCGCAAUCCCGGCAAGCUAAUGCAGAAACGCCAACAAUGCUGGUGGGUGCCACUGACCUUCGCAACAGCCGGCAUCGAUAGCUUUGUAUCGACGCUGCCCAGCGAAUGGCUGACCUGCCAGGGCAGACAGUCCGCCAGUCCGCUUAUCCUUAACGAGGUGGCCCAACCAGACAAGUGGGUGGUCUUCAAUCUCCGGCUGGCCACGCCCUGUCGCGUUACCUAUGACGAGCGCAACUGGCAGCUGAUUGGAAAUGCUCUUUCCGGACCAAAUGCCAGCAGCAUCGACCGCUUCACCCGGGCGCAGCUGAUCAGCGAUGUCCUCAACCUGGCCGGCGCCGGGGUUGUCACCUACGAUCUGGCCCUGAACUUUCUGAGACAUCUGCGAAACGAGAACGAGUUCAUCGUGUGGCAGGCGGCGGACAAGUAUCUGGAGUGGCUUCAUCGCACCCUGCGGCAAACGACCAUAAUCUCUACAUUCAAGGGCUUCAUGAAAGACCUUAUGCAGACCAAGUUUGAUGAGCUUUUUAAGAGAGAUGCCCCUGCAGCUGAAAAUGGAAACAUUACCGAACUGAUGGUGAUCGUCCUGCAGUUGUCCUGCCGAACUGAUCUGGAAUCCUGUGCGGAAUUCGCGCUCAAGGAAUUCGCUAGCCUCACCUUGGAGACCAAUCGCAUUCCUGUUGAUCUAAGCGAAACCAUCUAUUGCACUGCCAUUCAGUUUGGAACGGAAGCUGAUUGGACGCUGCUGAGGAGGCUAUACACGCGGUCAAAUGUGAGCGAAGAGCGAAGGAUCCUUCUGAGUGCCAUGGCUUGCAGUCGAGAAAACUGGGCGCUGGAAAAGCUGCUCAACCUGGCCUUUGCCGGUCGAUACAUGCCCAAGAACGAUGUCCUGCUGAUUUUCAGUGCCGUGGCGCAGAAUCCUUUGGGCUAUAACAUAGCCAAGAAAUACCUGGUGGACAACAUCAAGGCAAUCAUUAAAUUAUAUGGAAGUAAUACCAAUGAACUAGCACAGCUAGUUACCGUUCUCAUGAAAGAGGUCACCACGGAAGAAGAGCUAAACGCUUUACGAAUGUUCAUGAGAACCGAUCUCCGGAAUCUUCCGGGCUUCGAAACAGCCUUUCGUCGAAUCCUGGAACUGGGCGAAGACAACAUAGCCUGGCAUACCCGACAAUACCAUAAUCUGCUGGCCGCCGUUUGCAAUAUAACUGGGUCCAUAGAGCCGCAGUGCAUCUACUAGGAAGACUACAAAUUUGAUAGGGAAUUUUGUUACGAGUUAAACGAGGUUGGCCAAAGUGUAGCCCUGGCUCUGUUAUCUUUGCACUGCAGCCCUGCUCACGACGCAAGUGACGGCACAGUCGCACACUUUGUUUGUCCACUCGCACACACACACGCGUUGUUGGCACACACAUACACCACGGCAAAGAAGGAGGACAGGCACACAAGGAAUUUCAACCCCCAGCGAGAAGAAUAACAACAACCCAGCACGGAAAAAAUCGCUGCAUACGUUCAGGCGGAGCGUGUCCUCUUUGGGGGGAAUAGUAGUGGUGAUAAUAGAGUGCGGGGGAGCGUGGGCGCGACGGCGGGGGAGCAGCGAGAUGAGAGCGGAGCAGGCGCAAGGAGAGCGCUCGAGAGAGCCGGGGAGCGCUCUCGAUGGAAAUUCGAGAGCGACGCAGGCGCCUGGCCGCCAAAGCAGCGACGCCGGCCGUGGCAUCGACGUCGCAGUUGGCAGAACCACCACCACCCGCACGGAAACAAGGAGCUGCAUCCAUCCGUCCGCCCAUCGCCACCCAUCACCACCCACCACCCCUUGCUGCCGCUGCUACUGCUACUGCUGCUGGUGGCACCGAAACACAACAAACCGUAAACCAUUGGCGCUGGCAGCGACGUUGCGUCGGCGUUCGCGACUGCUGGAAUGACAGGAUGUUGGCUGCAGACUCAGCGGGGUGCGAUUGUGGGCGGAUGGGUGGCCCAUGGCAGAUGAGGGAGGGGCUGUAUGGGGAGGGUGGCGGCCGAACGACUGCUUCGCAGCAGCCUUACCACCACAUAAACAAAAAUUCGAUUUAUGACCACUGUGGGAGUGGCACGGGCGCGCACGGGCUGGCUUCGCAUGGAUUUUUGGGGGUGGCGCCAAUUCGCUUUGCUCCUGCCACUCGCUUCUGAAUCCUGUCACACUGCGAAAAAUUACGUGGUUAUGUAAGAUUUAAGUGUAUAAUCCUUAUACGAAACCAACUAUAAAUCUAGACCAUAGAAGAAUUUGGACCCUGAAUCCGAAAUUGCUACUGUUUUUUUUCAAUGAAAAUUAAAGAGAUUAAAGUGAUAACUAUGUUGCCGCUUCACCAAAUUUUGAACUCUUUUUUUUCAGAGUUCUGGUUAUCGUUGUUGUUGCUGUCGUCGUCAUCUCAAUUCGCGAGUGCACGCACACAUGCAAACGCGGACUGGCAGGAACACCCCCACACACGCAUACACGGACACCGAUAAGGAUUCGCGACAUCAAAAACAGCGACAGGACACGACGCCGAAGUCGCGACUUCAGCGAGGAGCUUUUUCGACAGUGCGAGCGCAAGAGAGAAGGGGACAGAGAGCGACCGAGAGAGACUGAGCGAGAGAGAGAGCGAGUAAGCGCGUAUGUGAGAAAGAGGGAGAAAGGCUCUCCGUAAGCCAGGCGCUUGAUUGUGUGUGUGUGAGUGAUUUUUGGGGUUUGGGGGGGGGGGGCUU